AUGGACCAGUUUCUCUUCAAAGCAGAGAAGGCCAACGCGAUUCAAAGACCCAACCUCUUCGCCGCCUUUUCCAGAACCCUUCGCAUUCUCGAACUCUGCCUCGUCCUCGUUCUCCUCUCCUGGCUCCUCACGCGCCUCCCAUUCGCGUUCGCCCUCUCCGCCCAAUUCCUCCGCCGCCUCCUCGCCUUCGCCGCCAGCCCUCUCUUCGUCUUCGCCCUCUCCAACGCCAUCAUCGCCGCCCUCCUCGCCCAAUCCCGCCGUCUCUCCGCCCCCCGCUCCGCCGCCGACGCUCUCUACCACGAUUUCCUCAACACCCGCACACCCGUCACUGUACCCCACGCGCCGCCGCCCCUCGCACCGUCGGAGCCCGAGUUCCACGACAAGCAGGUCAUCACAGAGACGGUUCAGGAUCGGCCCUGCUCCGAUCCCGCCGUGAAGUACCGCCGGAGCAAGUCAGAGAACUGGAAAGGAGACACCGUAAAAACGCCUCGCCGGCGAAAUCUCCGGCGGUCGGAGACCGAGAAGCGGCUCGAUAAUCCGCCGGAAAAUUUGUACCCGCAGGAUAAGCUGAGCAAUGAGGAGUUUCAACGCGCCAUUGAAGCAUUCAUCGCGAAACAAUUGAGGUUUCUUCGGGAAGAGUCUUCCGCCAUUGUUGUUCAGAAUGCAUAG